AUGCUCAAUGUUGAUGAUGAUCUCGAUAAUAAACAUAAAGGAGUGAUUGAUCGAGAACAUCGGGGAGAUAGUGCUCAAAUUGACGAUAGAUUGGAAGAGAUAUAUAGGAGAUUAAACCAUACUGAUCCAGUGGAUUGUGCACAAAUUAUAAACAAAGAUGAAGAUGCUAUCACGCACGCCCAGAAUUACAUGAGAGAACACAAACAGGCGAUUAUCUCUGAUAACGUAUUUGUAGAGCUGACCCAAAAUUGUGAAAUUUUCAAAACUCGGCGUGGAUAUCACACUAAACCUCUUAGUGCAAUAGAAAACAAGUUUCCAGUUGCGUUUCAGAUAGCUAUGUACAGAGACGUUGAGCAAGUAGAACGGCUUCUUAGAGCUAUUUAUUUUCCACAGAAUCUUUAUUGCAUACACGUGGAAAUGAUGUCACAUGAGGCAUACAUUGCAAUAUCCAGCAUAGCUGCUUGUUUUCCAAAUGUGUUUCUCAGCUCAAAGAGAACUAAAGUUGUAUGGGGAGCAUUUGGCAACUUGGAACUUUAUCUCAACUGCAUGUCAGAUCUGGUUAUGUUUUACCGUGGUCGAUGGAAAUAUUUCAUCAAUCUAACAGGGCAAGAAUUUCCACUCAAAACAAAUGCAGAAAUAGUUGCAAUAUUGCGGACUCUAAAUGGAACAAAUGACAUCGCCGGAUCUGAAUCUGCUGCAAAGGGACUAACAUACCGUUGGAAUUUUCUAUGGGACGAGAACCGACAUAUGCAGCCAAUACCAAAGCAGCCUCCACCACACAACUUGGUCAUGCACAAGGGAACCGUCUAUGGAGUCUUCAGCAGACGCUUUGUAGAGUUUCUCAUGGAAGAUGAAGUUGCACAAGACUUUCUGGAUUGGUGUAAAACGACUGCUAAUCCAGAUGAACAUUUUUUCAACACACUUAAUCAUAAUCCGCAUAUUAAUGCUCCUGGACAAUUUGAAGGCACCUCAUUCCAAGAAGAUGCACACCGUCCAAAUUCCAUUUCAAAAGCAGUGAUAUGGGGUGACAACAAGAAUCGUCAUUGCUAUGGAAAAUUCGUUAGAACUGUCUGCAUUUAUGGCAUCAAGGACUUGCCGUUUCUUGUUCAGUCACCGUACCUAUUCGCCAAUAAGUUCGACUAUAGCUUUGAACCUGUUGGGUAUACUUGCCUUGAACGGCAUAUGUUAAAAAAAACGUUAAAUCCCGAAUUGUCUAAUCUGGAUAUGUCGCAUUAUGAGAAUUUGUUAAAUGUACAGCUGGGCAGGCACAACGGCAUUUGAAACACUUUUAGGAUAUUUUAAAGGUAUUUGAUUCUAAUGGAAAACACUACGUGAGUUUAAAGGGGCAUGCUCAUCCGUUUUCUGCAUGUCAAAAUAGAUGGAUCAACACUAAAACGUGCAAAUACUGUAUAUCUUGUUAUACUAUGUAUCAAUUUCGACAUUGUCUCAGAAUGGAAAUUUUGCAGAUUCUUGUCCAGGAAAUCAUGGAAUGUAUUUCAGAUAUUUAGGAUGCGGAUAUUUCGAAAUUCAUUACAAUUGAAAAAGGAGACGUCCACUUUCAAAAGUUUGGCUAACUAACCUUAUCAAGACAUUUGUGAAACAAAGUUAGAGCUCAGGGAACUUUUAGAAAGAAGCAGUUAGAUGGAAUGCUGUAACCAAAAAUUGGAUUGGAGCACUGCUUAAUACAUGUAUAUGUAGCACGAUUCCCAUUUUCAAAAUAUAUCACAUCAACAAGUAGAUCUAUUCUUUCUUCAUCUCCAAACUUUAUUUUU